UACCCUCCUCCUUGUGCUUAUCUGUGUCUGUCCUGUGGCUAAAUCUAAGGUGAAGUACCUCAGGGUUCUCCCCUAAGCCCUAUAAAUCUGCAGCCCAUUCCGCUCGGCGCUCAUAUGAGAGCAGAGCGCAGAUGCGAUUGGCUCUCCCUCCAGCGGUGCAGCGUCCACGCACAAAAGCCCGAGCGCGCGCUCCACACGCACCAUACUCAACACACUCCUCACACACUUCCUCCAUCCCCACCAUCACACUGCAGCUUCUUUUUAGGGGCUUCUCUUUUUUCGCUCGUUUGAUAAGAAUUUGUAGGAGAGUCGAGCGCAUCUGAUCAGCACAGCGCGAGUUCCUUGUACAGCUUUUCCACGGCGCCAUGGAUCGCUUGCUGGUUCUCCUUCUUGGAUGGAGCUGCGUGUGUUGUGGAUAUUGUGCCCUGCUGAAAGAUCACUUCUCUAGACUAACGAAGGAUUUUGGACACAAAGUGGACACAGACCAGUCUGAGAAGUCCGUGCAGGAUACAGUGUCUGAGCACAUGCAGAUGCUCUACAGCAAGUACACGAGCGCGAGCUUUCCGCAUCGGGACGGCAACACGGUGCGCAGCUUUAGAGCGCACCCGGGUACCAUCAACAACAAGCAGCUUCAGAUCUUCAAUCUUACAUCCCUGACCAAUUCGGAAGAUGUUCUCUCAGCAACUCUGCACUAUUAUAUCGGAGACCUGCAGAACAGCAGCCAAAGAUGCAUAAAGUCCAAAACGUGUGCUCGUCAUGGCCUCAGGCGGCAUGGUCACGUUCACCUCGGCGUCUGGAUCUUCGCCUCUCUGAACGACAGCACCAGAAACGUCGGACACUUCCACAUUAAUGUCUCCACUAUGUACAGAGACCUCAUAUCUUGGCAGUGGACGGACAUCACUCGUGUAGUCAACGAGGCAAAGCAUCAUGAUGAGCUUCUCAUCGGCAUCUCCAUCGAUUCACAAGGACAACCAUGGAAGAAGCUCUUGUCCGACCGAUCGCCGUACAUUCUGGUUUACGCCAAUGACUCGGCCAUCUCCGAGCCCGAAAGUGUGGUGUCCACUCUCCAGAGGCACAAAGGGAGCUUAGUGCCUGGACUUCAGAAACUCAGACUUCACAACCACAAUAGUACUUUAUCGCACAGGACGAAGCGCUCGGCUAAUAUCCUUCUACCACUGCAGAACAACGAGCUCCCGGGCCCUGAGUACCCAUAUGAGAUUCACACCUGGGAUGAAACAAGCCCGUACGACCCUGUCGAGAACAAGGCAGCCAAGCGUUCACGCAAGAAACCUCGCAAGAACCCCAGAGACAAAAACCCACUUCUGCAGUUUGAUGAGCAGACCAUAAAAAAAGCGCGGAAGAAGCAGUGGAACGAGCCAAAGAACUGCGCUCGCAGAUAUCUGAAGGUGGACUUCGCAGAUAUUGGCUGGAGUGAAUGGAUUAUCUCUCCAAAGUCUUUUGAUGCCUAUUACUGCUCAGGAUCAUGUCAGUUUCCAAUGCCAAAGUCACUGAAACCCUCCAACCAUGCCACCAUCCAGAGCAUCGUCCGAGCAGUCGGAGUCGUCCCUGGCAUCCCAGAGCCCUGUUGCGUCCCUGAGAAGAUGUCCUCACUCAGUAUCCUCUUCUUCGACGAGGACAAGAACGUGGUCCUGAAGGUCUACCCCAACAUGACAGUGGACUCCUGCGCCUGCCGAUAAUAACUUGUUUAAUACGCCAGACUCUGCCUGAUCAUCUGAUCUUCCUGUUUAUCCCAUUCCCAUUUUGCACUGGAUGAAAGACUACAUCCCUGUAGAUGAAGAUGAUUCCGUUAGAAUUCUUUGGACAAAUGCUAUUUGUUAAGCUUCAAGUCUGCACGAACCGCCUGGAAGGAAACCGCAAAUUUUGCAGAAUCGCCCACCCGAUUGAACACAGGGUAAUUCUUUGACAUUGCUGUUAUGAACAUUUGAAGAGACUUCUAUUCUUGUUUGUGCGUCUGUUCUCUUUGUAUGUGUAGAGUAGUGUGUUGGGGAUGUAGGGAUGAAAGAUAAUAUGAAUUUGUACAGUUUUUCCUCCCUUUCACCAUUACGCUGUUACUAUUAUGUCACAUUUACUAUACUCAUACUCAGCUUACUCAUAACGUUCUUAUCUAUUGCUGCUAUAUAACAGAGAUAUAUAUUAUAUUCCAAUGCCAAAAUAUUUUCUUUCCUCCAGAACUCAGUAUGUUGAUUUAUUUUAUCAGCAGCAUUGUAAAUGGGUGAUUUAGUGCGCUCCUCACACACACCGUUUGCGUUGACUGUUCAACAUAGUACCUUAAAGUCUUAAUUUAGCAUGAUAAAUAAAUGAAAGUAAAUAAAGCAAUAUUUGUUUUUAUUGAUAGAAUUUGCGCACAAACCACAAUCCGAUCUCAGUCUGAACUUCAGUGUACUUACUGACCAAGUGUCCUUGUUGACUUCAUAUUGUGGAAUUUCAUGUGAACAAUAAUGUUUUCCUAUGUAAAUACCACAAAACCACUAUUUUGGCUCAGAAUACUUUAACUCAGUCAUUCAUCAAGGUGUCACAAUUUACCCAAGUUUCAAGAAAAAAAAAUCUUACAAGCAAACCUCUGUCUGUCAUUAUUAUUGUAAACUUUGUGCCAAGACACAUUUUCAGGGCCUUAUUUACAAAGGUCACUGCGUUUUCCUUGAAUAUGUUAAAUAAAUUACAAUACGCCAAGUCAUCAAAAAAGUAAAGUAUACUAAUGAUAAAGCAUAUAAAAAUAUAUCCAGUCUUUAACUGUAUAUACGAUAUGGUUCCCAAAAGUGCCUCAAAUUUUUUUUUUACAUUUGUUUAAAAUCGGUGCUUCAGUUCUUUUUGUUUUUUAUACCUAUAAAUGUGACAAAAUAUUAGUUUUUUCUUCCAUUUCAUCGACUUCUACUUUGACAUAUAUUUACACAGAACUAAUGCUUGUCUCUUUUUCAAUGCAUGUUAAUAAAUGUAUAUUUUUUCCAUGUUGACAAUUUAUACACAUCCAUUGUAUGCAGAUUAAAAGAAAUAUAUAUAUGUAAAAGUGAGCAAUUACCUUAAUAUAUACCACAAAAUUAGCAGAAAACAGAGCACUCCUUCAAUAUUUGUAUAAUAUAUUUUUUACAGAAAGGCUUCCUAUACUAUACUAUGUUAUCUAUUGUGUAAAUGAUUUAGUUCUAAGGUUGUGCUUGUAUAAUAAGCUUCAUAAGAAAUUAUAUUUGUAUAUGGAAAUGAGCUUUAAGUGCAUUUAUUUAUUUUCUUUAUGUCGCAUAUCUUGUCAGUUUUUGCUCUCUGCAAGGAAAGCCUUCGGUGAGAUCUGGGUUGGAGCCUUCACAUGAGUAAUGUACAUGCAUUUAUAGUUACUGAUAGAGUUUGUUUCUGUUCAUUCACCCCACCUGUAAGAUUGCUUUCUUUUGGACAUAAAUAAAGUUGUAUGUUCCACUGA